UCAUCUGCCGUUUCUCUUUCUCUUUUCGUUGACAGCGUUGUUUCGGUACGCAUCAAAAUGGUCGUUACUAAAGCCGCCGCGCCAGCCGCGAAGCCCCAGGCCAAGAAACCCCAGAUCAGGGGCAAGGGACUGAAGAAGAAGAAGGUGGCGUUGAAGUUCCUCAUAGACUGCACCCAUCCUGUGGAAGACGGCAUCCUGGACGUCGGGAACUUCGAGCAGUACUUGAAGACUAGGAUAAAGAUUAACGGGAAAACCGGCAAUUUUGCCGGUGGGAAGGGUUCUCAGCACGCCGUCACCCUGGGGAGGGAAAAGGGUACCAAGUUGGUGCUUAAUUCGGAAAUCCCCUUCUCGAAAAGAUAUCUGAAGUACCUUACGAAGAAGUACCUGAAGAAGAACAACCUUCGGGAUUGGUUACGGGUGGUCGCCGCAGGCAAAGACUCGUACGAGCUUAGGUACUUCCAGAUCAACAGCCAGGAGGACGACGACGAGGAGGAUAACGAGUAAAUAAAUUUAUUUUCUAAGUGUACAAUAUUUGAAUAAAUAAGUUAUUCGUUCCCAA